UUCUCUUCCCUGAUGAGGAGAUGAUAAUUUCCUGUCCUAAGACAAGAUUCCUUUUUCCUAUAUUUCUGCUCCAGUUAGCAGUGGCUGUCUAGGAUUUUCAGCAGGAAGAAAGGUUUUCCUCCAUUCUGCUACUGAAGGUGGCAGUGCUUGAGUGGUGGCCUUUGUCAACACUGUUUUGCUGCGUAAAACUAGCCUUGCUCAUAUUUCAGGUCAUGUCCUUAGACGCAUUUGCAGGGAAGCCAGUAGAGCAAGUCUUUGGGGCAGAAAGGUAGGUCUCCCAUCUUCAAAGAAAGAACAGAACUAUUUAAUUAAUCAAAGCAGGGCUACCCUAUGACAUCAUAAAGUAAGUUAAAUAAUAUGCAUUGCAAAAGACAUCCCUUCUUCAACUAAGGGCAGAAUGUAAAACAAUUCAGCUGCACAACAAGAUGGUUUGCCCAUUAAGUGCCCCUCUGGCUGAUUUAGCACCAAAUCAUAUUUCUUGCAUGAUCAACUGCUUCCAUUUACUUUACAGCCCAAGUGACUAAGAUGGAAGAGGUGCAGUCCCACCCCAGCGUAGUUUUCCUGAAUGUGGCCUCAAGUUACAUACCCCACGCCAAGGUGGAGUGCCACUACAAUCUGCCACCUGGCAUGAAGCCAUCAACCAGAGAUUGGAUCGGGAUCUUUAAGGUGGAUGCUUCUUCGGUACGUGACUAUUAUACCUUUGUGUGGGGCAUAAUGCCAGAUGGUGGAGCUUCUGAAGGAACCCUCCAUUGCAGUGUCCAGUUCCAAGCCAGCUAUUUACCUAAGCCAGGACCGCAGCAAUAUCACUUUCGCUAUGUGGAUCGCCAUGGAGAGGUGCGUGGCCAAAGUUGUUCUUUCCAAUUCAGCGAACCCCGUCCCAUGGAUGAACUCGUCACUCUAGAGGAGGCCAGCGAUGAAGGAGGAGGAACUGACAUGCUGCUGGUAGUUCCCAAGGCCACUCUACUUGAGACUCAGCUGGAAGAGAGCCGUCAGGAACAAGGAGCCCUGUUGCGCGAGUCCUGCCGCCUGAAGGAAGAGGUUCAAGAAUUGAGAAGCCGCGCAGCAGAUCUAGAAGCAGCACUUAGCUCCUUACGUGAUGAGCACAGCAAGCUGGCUGCACAAUAUAAGGAAUUGUCAAAUUCUUACACGGAAAUCUCCAAGCAGAGAGAUACUCUAAGCAUUCAAGAAACUGAGCACUUGGCCCGAAUCCAGGAACUGGAGAGCGAUAUCCAGGGGAUUGGAGAGAAGAUGCUUCAGAGGGAGACGGAAUUAGACAGGGUGAAAGAUACAGUGAAAUCACUUCUGAGGGAGCAGGAACACAUCCACCAUCAGCUCAAAGAAGAGAAUGCUGAGAAAGAGCAGUACCAGGUCAAGCUGCAGGCUUCCAAGGAGGAGAGCCGUAGCCUGGCCUCUGACUUGCAAGAAGCCAAGACUCGUCACGGCGAGAAAAUCUCCCAGGCUCUCAUGCUGCAGGAAGAUAUUCAGAAGUUGCAGCAGAAGCUGGCAGCUGCUAACCGCCGCACAGCACAGAUGGAGUCCUUGUGUGAACAGUUACGCACCACACAGGACGUUCUGGCUGCCAGCCAGCAGAAAGUGGCUCUUUUAGGGGAAGAGCUAGCCAGUGUGGCCUCCAUCCGAGACCGCACCAUCUCUGAUCUCCACAAGAGCCGCCUUGAGGCAGCUGAGGUGAACAUCAAGCUUGCUGACAUGACCCUCAAGUGGAAGGAAGGCAAAGGCCAAUGGUGGAAGGAGAAAGCCAUGCUGUUGCAGAAUGUAGAGGCCGAGAAAGAUAAGAUCCUGAAGCUGAGUGCUGAGGUUCUCCGUCUUGAAAACAACUUGCAAGAAGAAAGGGCACAGCGCCAGGGGUUGCGUAUGGAGCUGGUACAGGAACGGGAUGCCAGUCUGGUUCAAGUCUCCGAGAGCCGCCGAGAGCUACGGGAACUGCGGGCUGCCCUGCAGGUUAGCCAGAAGGAGAAAGAACAACUGCAGUCCGAAAAACAGGAGUUGCUGGUGUACAUACGCUGCCUUGAAGAACGUUUGGACAAAGUAGCAGAUGAGAAAUGGAGUGAAUCGGUUCUGAUUGACGAAGAGGAGAGAGCUCUGGAUACUCCUGGCUCCCUGGACUCCCUGUCUGAUUCUGAGGAUGAAUGCCCUGAGGACAUGCGCCUGCCCGCCCAGCUCACUUCUUACCGUCUGUGUGACACCCGGGCAGUGACCACCACGCCUCCCUGUGCCCAUGGGUUAUCUCACACAGUGGUCAUCAGCCAGCCUGCUCCUAUUGCUAGUCAGAUCAAACAGCUGCCCGAGGAUUCCAGUUCUGACUCGGAAGCUGAAGAUGAGAAGGCAGUUCUGAUGGCAGCUGCUCAGAGUGGGGGCGAAGAAACCAAUCUACUCCUUCCAGAACUGGGUAAUGGCUUCUGUGAAGUGGCCAGCGGGCUGACAGGGCGGCAGAUGUCAGAACCAUCCGGAAUGGGCGCAUCUCCCUUGGACCUGCCCUCUCCAGGCUUUUGGAAGGAGUGUCCCAUCUGCCACGAGCGCUUCCCACCCGAGAGUGACAAGGAAACCGUUGACACGCAUGUGGACGGGCACUUCUUUUUCAGCACCCACGACCCCUUCACUUUUGAAUAAGCUUCUUGUCUCCAUCACCACCACCAUCAUGCCCCCUUGUUCCCCCCCCCCUCUGUCAUUUCAGUAGGAUUCAGGCUGGUUCCUUCCCUCUCUUCUUGCUUCCAUGGGGAGUUUCUUAUUAUCCUAGCACAAUUCUGUCGUUGGUUCAUUGACGGCUGUAAAAAAACUGUUGUCUUCCAUGGACCUUUUCCAAGGUAGAACAGUCAGAGCCACUUUGCAUCAGGAGUUGUAUCCUCAGGGAUGGGGACUAGGUGAUAUUAAACAGUAGUGGGGUGGGCUGUGUAUUGCCACAGAGCGGUAGUUGUCCAGGCAUUUUGUAUGAUCUUUUACAGAUAUCCACAAUGACUUUGCCUUCUUGUUUGCCUGACAAUGUACCGGUGCUGCAAAAUUCUUGAAAAUGCAUGUAUCCACAAAACCUAUCAAAUAUGUGUAGGUCCUCCCUGCGCAUCUGCCCAGAAGCUUUAUGGUCCCUAUGCAAGGAAAUCCGCUGUUUUCACACUGUCCAGUGACGAUCAGAUCUCCUCACUAUGGAAGGUAAUGAUAAUCUGACCUUUGCCCUGAAAGGACUCUGUAGGUUUUAUAGAAGUUCAGGAGCAAUUGCAAGGGAGAUAUGAUCAUAGCGCUUAGCACAUAGGCUUAUUUACACAUGCACACACACGCACGCACGCACACAAAAUAGUGCUUUACAGCUAUACAGCACUCUCUUGGGCUGUUUACAAUGUUGGCCUAUGGUCCUCAACCACCUGGGUCCUCAUUUUAUUGACCUUGGAAGGAGGGAAGGCUGAUUGAACUCCCUCAGGAUUAAACUCCAGGCUGUGGGCAGAGUUUGCCUGCAAUACUGCCCUCUAACCACUGGACCACCGGGUUUGCUCAAUAACAAGCAAAUGGAGACAGAAAAAGAAGAGGUUUCAGUUUCCUGAUCCGUAGCAGCUGAAUUGAGAUGAAUGGGAAAGGAAAGUCUUGAAAAGUUGUGUAGGUAUUGAGGCUCCAGUCACCCAUGCAGCACCAUAUUUGGUUUUCCUAUUAUAAGGACUGCUGAUCCCUGGCCUCCAGGCUUAAUAAGAUUACUUGUGGCUGAUUUCAGCUGGAAUCCAGCCAUACCUGGGCACAAAUUCUGUACCCCUGGAAUUAACCAAAAGUCAGUAUUUGGGAAGUUCUCAAAUUAAGGAUAUAAAUUCCUUGGUUAUAAAUAGUUGGGUGAAUUUAUAUCUACAAAAUAAGUGUUGGGGGGGGAGGAAGAGUCGGGGGGGCAAAAAUGUCCAUGUUUAGAGGGUACUUCCCUCUCUUUUCAGUGUUAAAUGCAGGACAGCAGAAGAAAGCUUGGCCCACCCAUAGUUUAACUCAUCAGUAUGUAAAAAGAAAGAAAACAAAUGAAAUGCAAAUGAACAGAUUGUCUAUUGGUUUAGCUACUGGUAACUCUUCCAACAAAACCUCAAAAGGAUUUUAUUGCUUAUAUUUAUAUAUUAUAUGGCAAUGUAUGUGGGCUUUUUAAAAUAAAAGCUAAAGCAACCAGACUCGCAGACAUGUAAAUUAGAAUAAAAUAGUGAAGAGAUACCAUAAAAUCUUUUUCUGCAUGUCUCAUCACCACGAGGGAACAAAAUUAUACAAAUUCACAGGCAAGGUUGUUUUUCUCCCUUAAACAUGAUCAAUAACUUUCCUAAAUGUGGCUGUUACCUUUACAUAAAUGAUGAAAGGCAAGUUUAUUCUGUUGUAAUUCCCAUUCUCAAAUAUUCAACAAUAUUAUUUAAAGUGGAGAAGGAGAGACAUUACAGUAAUGUACAGUAACUGCCAUUUCUUUCAGGGAAUGGAAAGUGGUGAGGAAGGAUAUACCUAAGCGAUAUCUUUAAAUUAGAAAUUAAUUGAAGUGGUCUUAAUCAAGUUAACUUUCUUUACCUCCCACCAGAACAGCAAUUGAUGCAUUUUCCUUCCAAAAGGAACCAAAAUGAAUAAAGAGCAGAGCAAAUAGCAUUGGCUAUCGCAUGAGAACUUUGCAACAUGUAAUUGAUCAGAUAAUUCACUCUUAAGAAUUAGCAACAAGAAUAGCAUUUUGCCACAGUGUUAGUGCUAUUAGUAUUAAGCAGAAAUACAUAUAUUUUUGAGCUAGGGACAAUGCAUCUGCAGAAAACAUUGAAGCAUGCUUAUCUCGAUGCUUUUGAUCAUAGCUGUGCAUAAAUGUACUUUGGCUCCAGAUUUACAUUUUCUCACCACAGAAUAAAUUAGGCCCAUUAUGCAAGUCAGCUCAUACUAAAAUAAAUUAUGCUUCCAGAAUAAAAGAUAGCAAAUGUAUCUGUUUCAGAAGAAAAACCAAAUUAAAUUACUAUAAGAUAUAGAGUCCCAUGUUAGCUUAAUUACUUAAUUUAUAUUUAGCACAAAUAUCUAUGAUACAUUAUAUUAGCACAAAUAUAUACAAGAGAUUUAUAUUAGCACAAAUUUCAUGAUAAAUAAUGCAAACCCAAUGUAGCAAAGAAUGUCAAUAGCAGAAAAAGGCAGAAACUGGAAUUAAAUGAUGUGAAGAGAAGGGAUGUUCUACAAAUAGCCAAAGAUCAAGUUAUGAAGAGUGCCAACACCAACUGCAUGGUAUGCAGAACCUCAUGGAUUAGAGAGUUAAAGCAACCUUGCCAGUCCUAUUCAGAUUCUUUUGCCUUAAAAGUCUAGAAAUAUAGGGAUUAUUUCUUGUGUGUGCAUUGUAUCUGCAGUUCUGAACUGUUGGGUAUGUGUAGUUACUCCCUGACACAUGAUUUAUAAUUCAAGGCUCUUUCCCCCUUCAGAUCGUAGCCUUUGGUGCAAACCUCAGGUGAGGUGCUGGGGAUGCAUCCGUAUGCAAUGCUAGCUCUGACUGGUAGGCAUCUAGAGGCCCACCCAUAAGUAUCUUUCUUCCAGCAAGGAUUCCAUCUCUUGGAUAACACGUGAAGCUAAACCCCCUGAUUAUGGAGGUGUAAUCUGAGGCUUUAGCGAUGGAGUUCACCAUUUAAAACUGCAAGUGAGGGAACCUAUGUUCACAUGUUCCGACAUGAACAUAUCUCCCUCUAUGCAAAAUAAUAAUAAUAAUAAUGGCAACUCGCAGCGUGACAGUGGAAAAGGUUCUAGGAUAAUGCAUCUAAUACAUUGAUGCAAAGAGAGUUUGGAGGAGCACUGGAACCUGAGACAUGGCAUGGGUAAUUUGAUCUGGUUCUUUGUAGAAGAAGCUGUCAAUCAUGAUAGGGCUGCAUGAGUAAAUGAGAUCCAAGACAUACGAGAAGAGACAAGUGCAAGGGGGCGAAUGUGAAGAUGGUUCUCAACCAGCCACAGUUCCUUAAGUAGACUUGGGUUUUUUUGUUGUUUUUUUUUGUCUUCACCUCUUAAGUUGCUCUUUCCCAAUGCUGUGCUGAAUCUAUUGCUUCAUUCUCAACUUGCUGCCUUGUGACUACUGAUGCAUGUGUCUCCUUUUUGUGAGAUUGCGCCUUUGGCUUUAGUUACCUCUCCUUUGACAUCAUAGCCCUUGUAUAUAUCCCCUUUCCCACGCUUGCUGAAUUUUGCAUUUGCUUCCUUCUAAUUGUGAGGUGGGAUGGGUGGGUUGCAGUUUCUCCUUGCUUCUGCCUUUUGACCUCUCAUUUGAGUCACAAGAGAGGAAUGUAAGAUCCAGGUCCUGCUGUGUCAAUACAGAAGGAGAGAGACAGUACCUCUCUAGGGACUUGUGCCUUUUGAAGAUAUAAUGCUACAAAAUGCCUCUUCAUGCCUGAACAGCUAUCAGACCCAGGAUGGGAGUCAGAAUGACCACUAGAUGGUAGCAAAGAGUUAGAGGGUUUUUUGUAUCUUUGCUGCCAUCUAUCAGACAACUAAACACUUACAGCACAGGUUUGAUAGCUAUACAUUCACAUUUUUUUGGAAAUCUUUUCCAUUGAUACCUGCAUUUGUAGCUUUGUGUUCUCCUCAUCUGUUUUUUUUCCUUUCCCUAAACAGUUGAGGGUUUUCCCCACCACUAAAUAUAAUAGCCGCUCAGAGCAAUAAUCACCCUUUUACCCAGCCUUGACCUUUCCCCAAGUCUAUGUAUAGGGUGUAUAUAUACAUGUAUAUAUUUAUAUUUAUAUUUAUAUGACAUGUUGCAGCUAUUCUAAUAAAAUGCGGUCUUUCUGCAA